CUCUCUUCUCUCCUAGAUGUUGAAGUUGUGCUCAUGCUCAGUUGUAUGAUGAGUAAUGGCACGCAAUCUUUGGAAAAGCUGUCCCUUUUGACAGCAAAACACGUAAGGACAUUUGGACCUGUGGAUAUCUACCGAUAUCCAGGAUUAUUGGAUCGUGGACUUAGUAUUUGGAGCCUUGGUGCCGCUGCGUAUGAGGAGUGCCUAUCAGGAACCCUACAAUUGCGUGCUGGAGCCAUUGCCAACUGGACCACCACCUAUGGGCUAUUAACAUUGUCACUCCUGGACUGAGAAAAUGAAACUUAUCAUACUGGAUGAUUAUGACCAGGCGAGUGAGUGGGCUGCAAAGUACAUUCGAAAUCGCAUCAUCCAUUUCAAACCAAGUGCUGAAAAAUACUUUACGCUGGGACUUCCCACAGGAAGCACUCCACUAGGAUGCUACAAGCAGCUAAUAGAAUACCAUAGAAAUGGAGACCUUUCCUUUAAGUAUGUGAAAACCUUCAAUAUGGAUGAGUAUGUGGGACUCCCUAGAGAUCACCCAGAGAGCUAUCACUCAUUUAUGUGGAAUAACUUUUUCAAGCACAUUGACAUCUGCGCGGAGAAUGCGCACAUCCUGGAUGGAAACGCAGCAGACCUACAAGCUGAGUGUGACUUAUUUGAAGAAAAAAUAAAGGCUGCUGGUGGGAUCGAACUGUUUGUUGGAGGGAUUGGGCCUGAUGGUCAUAUAGCCUUCAAUGAGCCGGGGUCCAGUCUGGUAUCGAGAACCAGAGUGAAGACACUGGCUAUGGAUACUAUUUUGGCAAAUGCACGCUUCUUUGAUGGAAAUCUCUCAAAAGUACCCACCAUGGCUCUAACUGUGGGUGUAGGAACUGUGAUGGAUUCAAAAGAGGUAAUGAUACUCAUUACUGGGGCCCACAAGGCUUUUGCCCUAUACAAGGCUAUAGAGGAAGGUGUAAACCACAUGUGGACUGUAUCUGCCUUCCAGCAACACCCGAGUACUGUGUUUGUCUGUGAUGAGGAUGCAACUCUAGAGCUCCGUGUGAAGACUGUCAAAUAUUUUAAAGGUUUAUUGCACGUUCACAACAAACUGGUUGAUCCCUUGUACAGCAUGAAGAAAAAAGGAACUGAAGCAGGACAGACUCCGAAGAAGCCGUACAGUGACUGAGUUAGAAUUUAUCCCACAAUCCAAGACUUGAUGCAGGAGCAGACUUUACAGCUCUGCUGCUCACCGGAUCUGAUCAUUAUGCCACCUCCAAGAUCAGACACACAGGUGGAGGAGGGACGCUUCUCUGUGCUAUGUGGGCUAGUGUGGAAACACUUCAUGUUAGGAUAACUAACUCAAGGAAUAUUUCCUGAUCCUUAAAUCCAGCCUUACUCCUUUUUUUUUUAUAGUUGUCUUUCUACAUGCAAAUAAUACAUUGUUUUUCAACUACAGUUUCUGUAUUAGCAAUAAAAGUAAAUUUUGUAUUUCA